AUGAGUUGCUCGACUUUGUCAUCCGCUGCACCUGUGCCCACCUCCACUCGUGCCGACAGUGUCAUGCCAUUGGAGCCAGGUGGGUGAGAAAGAACAGAGUACGGUAGAUGCUGCGCCCACUCAGCGGGAAACGCGGCGGACGUCGUCAAACUAUCAGUUGUGGGAGGAGAAGGUGAGGUAGAUGCAGCGCAGGUCUACUUCAUCCACUUAAACUACGUGUGACUGGCGCCAGGCUGGACAUUCGGAAGUUCUUCUUUUGAAACAGAGUGAUCGAGGCUUGGAAUGCUCUGCCUGCAGAUGUCGUCAUGUCCACCACCGUCGAGGCUUUUAGGCGCAAGUUGGACCAGUGUUCCACCAAACGUCAUAAUGUCACCUGACUGACGUCUUAGUAUUUCGUUCGAACAGUUAAUUAAUAUUGUCAUAUUACUGUCUGUAUUUCAGUAACGUUUAUUUUUUAUUAUUGUCCCAUGUCUGUUGAAUGUGGAUGUUAACAUUCAAUUCGUCUCCCACAGAAACUGAGAUAACACCAAUUAUCCAUAGACAGACUACUGUACAGCACAUUUAGUAACGUUAAUGUUUUAACACUUGGAACAAUUCGUUUAUCUGUCUGCUUUCGAAAACUUUGUCAAUCUGAAGAAACUCUGUAGCUGUUUGAUGUUUUCAUUUUCAAAUUUUUGAUAUAGUUCGCUUCCUUGUAACAAAUAGGGAGUUCAAAGGUUCAACACUUAUAUUUCCCUCAAAUAAACUGAAACUGAAUAGACAAGUCCACACUAAAAUUACCGCUGCAGGGCCAACCUCGUCGUCUGGCAUGGCCGAAAUAUCGCGGCAAGUUAUGCAACUGCGCUGUAGCGGUCACUCCCAGGUUACAACAUCACGUACACAACAGCAGGAUGUGGUGUAAUCUUGUGCCUGCCAUGAGGUCCCCGCUGAAGGUAUUAUACUCAGUCACUCUUCUGAGCAAAUGCGGCGAACUUUAGCCUGUGUAUUUUUAGAGGGUCCUUACUGCACUGGGGUGAAUAGAUCUUACAGGGCAUUACGCCGUCUUACAACUUCUGUUUAAAGACAGGACCAGUGUUUCGCCAAAUAGCGGCAUCAUCGUGCCUAGUAUUUGGACUUCUGGGUGUUUGUGGCAUCGACUACUAUGAUUUUGAUUCUUUUUCGUUUGCUUCGCACGAUUGUAGUCCACCAUCAUGGCUUUUUUCUCCGCCUACAGCUUCUUGGUUUGCUGGUGUUGACAAGCUGAACGGCACACUCGCCAACCGGAAGACAUCACACGUCGGCGAGACGAACCUGGCUCCAUCAGCGCCCCUCUACAGCUUGGGGGUCACACCGACACGCCGUGUUCCCCCGACCGGUGCUGCUGGCUAUUGCGGUAACCCGGGAACCACGAUCACCAAGCCGGACUGGGCUGCUAAGUAUGUCAGGAGCCUUUUCACCUGUCCAUUCUCCAAAGCUCAUUGGAGGCCUGUCGACCGACUUGAGCGAAAUUUUAUCUUGACUUCAGUAGCCAGCAGUAUCCUACCUUGGUCACAUUAGAGGUGUGCCUUACAGAGCGCCUGGCUCAGUCUCUGGUCCUCCUGAUCAACGAAAUUGUCGGCUGAUGAGGGCGAAUAAGCCAGAAACCGUCAUUCCAGUCUGUUUGUCCUUGACGAUUGCGCGUCCCAAGCCAAUCUGAAACCAAAAGUCCUAGAUUUGAGAUCCAGUCAGUUUUUUUCCGCGUGCUUCCGUGAGACAGACACGAGAUGCAAAUCUCCCCCAAGAUUUUCUGGCUCGGUGUAAGCCACUUUACACAUGAAAUAUGUCGAAAUUUAAGAAACCUUAAUCACUCGCAAACUGGCGCGGAUUAGUGAAAUGAAACUCUUUAUUAACAAUGAACGACUUGAGGCGAAUUGAAAAGAUAAAAGAGGUUACUAGAAGUGAUAUCGUGUCGUAUUGAAACAUCACCUUUUUUUAGAAAAGCAGCAAUUCCGACUACUUCGAAACUCUUUGGGUGGGCGUUGUCGCUUACGGCGGUCGAACUGCCGUGUCAGAAAAGUAAGCUUUACCUGUUACACUUGGGUACGACAGUUCGACCGUUGUUGCCGACAAUGUCCACCGUGUGCUCUACAUCAAGGUGAGAGCAGGGACGGUGACUUGUGCGUGAAUUAGUUUAUAGUGAUGGCAGCAUCCAAGGCACCCUCUCCUUCUCCCCCGCCUGGACCCGGUGUCAAGACAGGGUUAAGACCGUAGGCGGGGAAGGGCGCAGAUGGAUGGCACGGUCGAACCCGCACACUGGCACUCCGCUACAAACCCCUUGGUCCGUACAGCAAAUGGUCAGGUUUUUAACCAACAACAAAUAUAGGGGGCGACAGGGUCCCAGUGCGCGCGACGUUUGUCGACAACCGGGUCUGCCACUGCACCCCGAAAUGUUGGCGUUUGUUAUGGUGCACAAAUCCGAUAACGCCUGUGAGAGUCCGACAUGGCCCCCGUGUUGGUCCAACGCAUCAACCACGUGGCCCGCUUUGGGGGCAACACACUUAGGUUCAAUCGGUCUAAUACAGUCUCACCGCAGUGAAUCCGAUUCAGCGCGAUCUCUCCCCAUAAUGAGUCAGUCGCGUUCUUGAACCCUCGCGAUGUCCUACAUUUUGGGACUUAAAGGACUGCAGGCAGGUAGAAUAGCAGGUUCUAAUGACUCUGGAAGCAAUACCUACAAAAUCAAGGGAGAUUGAUGGGACUAUUUCUGGCAUAUUAGGCAUCGUCAGUCAGCCAUGCCCAACCCAGGUCUGGGUAACCUGACUUUCGAUGAUGAACAGUGGGAGUUUAUACCGCACUCUAGUGAAAAAAUUAACUGCGCUCAGUUUAGUAGGCCUGAUCUAAAUCGACCGUUCAAAUAGAAAUGUGUGACACUCCUCACGGCCGGUUGGAAAUAUCGCCCCAGCUGCCUUCCCGUCAUAUUCCAUGGCAGUCAGUAUUUACUAAUUUAAUGCACUACUCCUCUGCCAGUCGUUCACAAGCCCCGACACCGGGAGUAAGUUGGCAGUAUGACUCUUUGGUACUCUCCUUUAGGCUGUCAACUAGUUAGGGCUGAUAAGCUGGUUCGUUCCGUCCACUCAAUACAUCAUGCUCCGAUGCCUGUCUGCUACUCACAGAGUUCUCUGUCUGCUCUUUCAGAUACCUCAAGUCUUAA